AUGUCUUUUGACCAAUGUGGACCACUCAGCCGCAGUCAACCAACUGUCGACCCGACCUACGUGGCGUUUCAGUGCACGGGGCCGUCUCCACCGCGCGCGGCGCGCGUGAGCGAGAGAUGCUUACGACCCACCGAGGCCAAUGCGACCGGAGGUGAGACAUUUUUUGGGAUUGGAUACUUGUGGGAUGGGUCUACCGUCUACCCUGGACUUGAUGGGUCGACCAUGAAAAACGACCGGACAAACGACCUGGUCCCGGACCGAACGUCGAUUCCAGGAAGGAACGGUCUCGACCGGUCCACCGGUGAUGAACGUGGGUCGCUUGCCAUGUGCGCACAUGCCACAUGGCCACAAGAAGAAGAAGAGCGGGUGUGCGGCUCCCCCCCAGUACUCGGUGAUGAACGUAUUUAA